GAAGUAUUACGUGGAGAAGAUGUUUGAUUGGUUGUGUUGUAUUUCCCAUAACAGGAAGUAUUACGGGGAGAAGAUGUUUGAGUGGUUGUGUUGUAUUUCCCAUAACAGGAAGUAUUACGGGGAGAAGAUUGGGAUCUACUUUGCCUGGCUGGGUUUCUACACUGAGAUGCUGUUCUUCGCUGCGGUAGUAGGCCUGAUCUGUUUUCUCUAUGGAUUGUUCACCUUCGAUGACAACAUCUGGAGUAAAGAAAUCUGCAGUGAGGAGAUUGGAGGCAACAUUAUCAUGUGUCCGCUGUGUGAUAAGACGUGUGGCUACUGGAAGCUCAACUCAACGUGUAACUCGUCCUGGCAAUCGCAUAUGUUUGACAAUGUGGGGACAGUUUUCUUUGCCAUAUUCAUGGGGAUUUGGGUGACUCUGUUCCUGGAGUUCUGGAAGCGUCGGCAGGCCCGUCUGGAGUAUGAGUGGGACCUGGUGGACUUUGAGGAAGAGCAGCAGCAGCUUCAACUACGACCAGAGUACGAGAUCAAGUGUACCAGCCGCAGACUCAACCCCGUCACACAGGAGAUGGAACCAUACUUUCCCGCAAAAUCCCAGUGUGCUCGUACAUUCCUGUCUGGAGCCACCGUCAUAUUCUGGAUCUCCCUGAUCAUAGCGUGUAUCAUCGGGGUGAUAGCGUACCGUCUGGCGGUGUACGCGGCGUUUGCUAGCAUCAUGAAGGACAGCCCCACCAAUAACAUCCAAAUGGUGGGCUCCAUCAUCACCCCUCAGCUCGCCACCUCUGUCACCGCUUCCUGUAUCAACUUCGUCAUCAUCAUGAUCCUCAAUGUGAUGUAUGAGAGAGUGGCCAUCUGGAUCACUGACAUGGAGAUUCCCAAGACGCACCUGGAGUACGAGAACAAGCUGACGGUCAAGAUGUUUCUGUUCCAGUUCGUCAACUACUACUCUUCCUGUUUCUACGUGGCCUUCUUCAAGGGGAAGUUCGUCGGCCGUCCCGGAGACUACAUCUACAUGUUCGGCUGGAYCAAGCUGAGGAACGAGGAGUGUGACCCAGGUGGAUGUCUCAUUGAGCUGACCACUCAGCUGGUCAUAGUGAUGGCAGGCAAACAGGUGUGGGGUAACAUCCAGGAAGCUCUGGUCCCGUGGCUKCUGAACUGGUGGGGGAGCCGUAAAGCCCGUAGCCACCCUGAGAGCCUGUACAGCCGCUGGGAGCAGGACCAUGACCUGCAGAACUUUAGCCAUCUGGGUCUUUUCUAUGAGUACCUGGAGAUGGUGAUCCAGUUUGGUUUCAUCACUCUGUUCGUGGCCUCCUUCCCUCUGGCCCCCCUGCUGGCGCUGUUGAACAACAUUAUAGAAGUUAGAGUGGACGCCUGGAAGUUCACCACCCAGUUCCGCCGGCCUGUGGCGGCCAAAGCCCACAGCAUCGGAGCCUGGCAGGAAAUACUGAACGGAGUUGCCGUUUUCUCAGUCGUCACCAACGCUUUCAUCGUAGCCUUCACAUCAGAGAUUCCCCGGCUGGUGUACAUGUAUGCUUACAACCCUGGCAACGAUCUCUCAAUGAAGGGCUACAUCAACAAUAGCCUGUCCGUGUUCAACAUCUCUGGGUUCUCUGAGGAGAGGCCUGAUGACGGAGAGAGCCCUGAAUGGUUCAACAGCUCUGUCAUCACCACCUGCAGGUACCGUGACUACCGCUACCCACCAGGCCAUGAGAAGCAGUACACUCACACCAUGCAGUUCUGGCACAUCCUGGCUGCCAAGCUGGCCUUCAUCAUUAUCAUGGAGCACGUGGUGUUCAUGGUGAAAUUCUUUGUGGCGUGGAUGAUUCCUGACGUUCGCGGAGGUGAGGCCAGGGUCAAACGGAACGUUCCUCAUCCAGGGUACUCCAUAACUACGAGGUGGAGAAUCUGAAGAUCCAGCUAAGCCACAGGAACGAUGACUGCUCCUCCAACCCCGUGGACUAUCCCGACAUACGCCGGCGCGAAGUGUUGUCCGAGUGUCUCUAGCACCCGUCCUCGCCCUCCGCCCACUCAUUUGAUUUUGGCUCGUGUUCAUUAGGUCACACCACGGAAAACGUUUUAAAAUGUUUUUCAACAGGAAAUUUAAAUUAGCGUUUUGUUAUUGGACAAGUCCGAGAUAGGACAAUUCCCAGUUUUGUUCCGUUUGGUGCCUAAUGAACAAGACCCCGUUCAGAUUGGGCUGGGGCCUGGGCUGGUCUUAAGGAGAUUCUCUAUAAACUACCCUGAACGGUGGGAGAUCUGUGCGGGCUCUGUCUGCUGGUGGAGUGUAGAGGGAAAUCCUCACAGAAAUAGCGCUUUGAGUACCUCAGUUGGUAGAAAGGGCACUAUAUAAAUCACAUUCAUUAUCAUCAUCAUCAUUAAAUACAAGACGAUACUACAUUUAGUGUGACAUGUUUAAAGCAGUGCCAGAUCUGCCCAUGUGUGGUCUAUGGAUUUCAGAACUCAUCUUCAAUCAACCACCAUUCAUUUCCAUUCACACUAACAUACUAAGGCUGUGUUUACACAGGCAGCUCAAUUCUGAUCUUAUUUUUUUUUUACACUAAUUGGUGUUUUGACCAAUCA